GUUUCUCUAUCUCUUCAUACCCUAACCUCUUCUUUCUCCAUUUUUCAAAUCUUCAAAGACUCCGGAACGAUUGGCGUUUAUAGCAUCGUCUAUGGCUCGCCCUAUUGAAGCUGUGAGGGAUAUCAAUGAGUCCAAAGAUUUAUGGAAGAUCGCUGUUAGGUGCAAACAUAUAUGGUCUGUGACGAGUGCUUCAAAAAAGGAACAUAUUGAGAUGAUUUUGGUUGAUUCUAAGGGAGAUAUGAUUCAAGUCAUCGUUCCACCCUUCUUGGUAUCGAAAUACAAGGAUGAACUCGCUGCUGGAUGUGCAUACAUAAUGCAGAAUUUCAAAGUCUCCAACAAUGAUUUCUCUUUUAAGUCCACUAAUCAUAGUUUCAAAUUGAUAUUUUGUGGGUCAACUUCGGUUAAGAAGGCUGAACUCCCUGAUAUUAGUGUGAGUUACCUGAAUAUACUUGGAUUGGAUGCUAUUGUUGAGGGAAAAUUUCAGUCCAAUGUUUUGGUUGGUAUGUUAUUAUAA